AUGUGGAUUCCACAUUCAAUACCAAAAACAACUUUCCACCAAUUCAUUCCAUCAGAUAAAAUCGUCCCCCGUGGGUUGCGAUCGAACGAGAUUGAACACGUUAUUAACUCUAUGGACUUUAGCUGGGCGGAUUGUACGCCCAAACCGUUAAAAUUACUUUGCUUAGAUAAUAUAGCCAACCAUUUUGAACUUUACCCCAAACAUUUAUUUGAGUGCAUUACUCACAUGGACAUUGAGUACCUCGUUGAAAUACUGAGCACUAGUUUACCGAUUUCUUUAGUCAUCCACGUCCCGGGCAAUGAGUAUUGGCGACGACGACACGACCAUACAUGGCCGGACUCCAUUAAAACAACACAAAACAUUGCAGUUACAGAUUCUUUGAAAAUUAUAUAUUUAACCAAAUAUGUAUCAGAUAUUAUUGAAAACUUAGAACCGGGUUACGUUGAUGAAACGGAGCUUACCGAAAUAUUGAUGGUCUGCAGCCCAUAUAUAACUUCGAUAGAUUGCCAACAGCUUCGUAUUAAGAGUUCGAUGAUGGACACAUUAACAACCGAUGAUUCAAAGGACCCAAUUCACAUUGAUUUGAGUUUUGUAUUGGGUAUUUUAAAAAACGUACAGACUUUAAGCCUAGUUUAUGGUUCCAGGAUUUUAACAACUAAGCCACCAAUGUACACAUCUAAACAGUACAGGUUCAAUAUUAAUGACAUGGACACGCUUGGUCAUGGUUUAGUAAUAUCGGAACACUUGAGUAGUCUGACAAUUACUAAGAGUGCAUUCAAUAUGGAAAAAUUUAACAGGCUAUUACCAUAUAUGAUGGAGUGCCAUCGUCUCGAAGAAAUAAACUUUUCGUUUUGUAAAUUGUGUUCUCUUGGUGGAAAAUCAGUAGCAAAUUUUGUAAAAACUGCAAAAAUGUUAAAGCUGGUGAACUUAUGCGGUAACCAUAUCGGUCCAGAUGGAGUUGAAUCAUUAUCAUUUGUAAUGUUAUGGAGGCGAAAUCACAACUACCCGGCGAUUGAAUUAAAUUUAAAUAUGAACAAUAUAAAAGACAUUGGUGCCAAAUAUUUAGCAUCUGCCUUAGCAUCAGGAGUUGAACCUUUUACUAAACUUCGAGUUCGUAAUUGUAAUAUAACAGAAAUUGGAGGUUUAAACAUUGCUCAAUCAUUAGCAUAUGAUCGUGGAUUACGUGCUUUAGAAAUAGAUAAUAAUCCAUUAACAUUGGAAGUUGCUAUUGCGUUACACACAUCGUUGAAAACAAAUUGGAAUAUUGCAUAUAUGUCUGUUCAAAAUUGUAACUUCUCACAGAACAUUACAAAUUUUCUGAGUAGAGUAGCAUUUUAUAAUAAACACAAAAAACGUUCUGAGUUUAUCUAUUUAGAUUUUGAAUACUUAUAUGAUGAAAUGAAAGAGGAAAAUAUUUCAUUUGAAGAAAAUAUGAUAGAAUCAGAAACUAUGGAAAAUGACGGUAAGGAAAGGCUAUUGUAA